GGAGAAGGUGGAAAGGGGCGCUCGAAGAGCGUUGGUGGAUAGGUGUGCUGCUGUUUGUCCAUCCCUGCUUGUCGUCAAGCUAAUCAAAGCGAGCCAGUUGCGCAUCCGUGAAUAGAGGGUUUUAUUAUUAUUUUCUUUCUGGGGCUUGGAAGCUGACUGACUGACUUAAAGGGGAUUCUCUCAGCAUCUUUUUGGCAGGUGUAGGGGAGCGCUUGCGGGGCUGCACAGAGCAACGUCCGAUAUGCUGGGAGGUCGAGCGUUUGGGGGUGGGGGUUUUGGGGGGGGUCCUGUAGGGACUAAUGGGAGGGUUAGCAGGGGGGAUUUUGGUCCUGGGAGGGGCAGAGACUUUGACCCGGGGUAUGGCGACCUCCCAGACCCCAAGCGGCAGAGAGUGCUGGAGCCGCCAAUUGGAGGACCGGGGCCGUUCUUUGGAGGGGGACCCCCUGCGCGGGGGGGGCUACCAGGCCCAGGAUUUGGACCGGCAGGUGCUCUGGCGCCCCCUGGGCCCCUCCCAGUCAGGCGGGAGUUCCCGGUGGUGAAGCUGCGGGGGCUGCCGUUUCGGGCAAAUGAAGUCGACGUGGUCGAGUUCUUCCAGGGGCUCGACGUGGUCGACGUGCUGCUCGUAAGGAAUGCGGAGGACGGGAAGUUCAACGGGGACGCCUUCGUGGUGUUUGGGGCAGCAGUGCAGGUCAACUUCGCUCUCCAGAAAAACCGCCAGCACAUGGGCCGCCGCUACGUCGAGGUCUUCCCAACCAAAAAGUCGGACUACUACAAGGCUGUCGCAGAGGAGGUCAAGCAGGGGGGUCCUGUCGACCUCCCCCCAGUCCAGGACCUCGCCCCCCCCCGCGGUGGUUUCCUACCCGGCCCUGGCGGCCCCCCUCCGCUUCGAGCCCCCAUGAGAGAUGACCGUUUCCGGGGGGAACGGGACAUGAGGGUUAGGGAGCGCACGCCCGAGCGGAGGGACUACCCUGAGCGAAAUAGGGGCCCCCCUCCUAUGAGGAGCGCCCCUCCGAUGAUGCAGGGCCCUGUUAUGGACCGGGGCAACGAGUUCACGGUUGUCAAGCUGAGGGGCCUGCCGUACACCGCGAGCAAGCAGGACAUCAUCGAGUUCUUCGGCGAGUUCGGGCUGAAUGAAGACAGCCUGCAUAUUGUGACGUCAGCAGACGGCAGGUCAACUGGGGAGGCAUUUGCCGAGUUCAACAGCACGGGGGAUGCAAGGAGGGCGCUUGAGAAAAAUAAGCAGAUGAUUGGCUCGCGGUAUGUGGAACUGUUUCCGUCCUCACGAGAGGAGGCCACAAGGGCAGCCACAAGUCGUAUCUAAGCAUCGAGUCUGAGAAACGCUUAUCGGACAUUGGGUCUCAGAAACGCUCAUCUACCGUAUAGAUCUAGAAAUUGCAGUAUAGGAAGUCAGUGUUGCCUCCCAAGUGUUGCGGGGAGUGGUAGCGCUUACAUGCAAAGGAAUCAACAAGGAUGUAUCAUCAUGGC